GUGGUAGCCCGUAGCUUUGCGGCAGAGCCGUAAGUUGUCCGAGUCUCCGACAGGUGGCGGCAGCCGUGACAAUUAUUUCACUCUGUCGUUGAACGAGACCACGCGGCCACGCCGUGCGCGCUGUUCCGUGUUGCAGUUACCGCUUCCGCCGAAUUUAUUUUGUUGACGAAUGUAUCCUGAGACAUGGGGCGGUGUUGUGUACCCAACUGUCGAGGGAACUAUGACAAUGGUCCGAAAGUCCGCUUGUUUUCUUUUCCGAGAGACGCUAAGCGAAGAGCGGAAUGGCAGCGGGCUGUGCGACGGAGCGACGUCGACGUGAGGCUGUUGAAGGACCCCAAGGUUUGCGAGCGUCACUUCAAGUCGGAACACCUGCGCACAACGUCAACGUAUACGGACUGCGAUGGACGAACCAUUGAAGCUCCUAUGAAGUUGACACGGCUGACUCCAGACGCCUUCCCAGCCAUUUUUCCAGACUGCCCUUCGUAUAUCUCGGAUUCGCGCACGUCGCGAGAAGAGCCUGAACUGAAAAGGAAGCGGACUGAAAAUGAGCUACUCCAGAAAGCCAUACACGAGUCCCAAGCAGCGUUUGAAAAAGAAGAAAAACAGUACAAAGUUUGUAAUCUGGGUGAACUGAUUUCUCGGGUUAACGAGCGUCCAAAUAAGAAGUUUUGGUGUACAACAGCCUGCGAGACGUGCCUCAUCGUCGCCCACAUCGAACCGGCAUUGCAAGCUCCGGAGAUGCUUGUAUCUGUGGUGGUUACAGAGGAUCUGUCCGUUUCCGUGUAUUUUAAGUGCGCUCCGUUGGUGUCGGAUGAUGUGUGCAUUCCUGGCGAAGUCCGUGAUGUCCGUGUGCUAGACAACCUUCUAGAAAGCGUGGAGCGAUAUUGUGAAAAGAAGGCCCGUCAACAGGAGGACAAGGUGGGAGGAGUGCUUAGGCUUGUUUUAUCCUUGCUGGAUGACAUUUGUGAUGAUGAGCUGCAUGAUGAUGAGAGGGCUGACGCACUAAUCUUCCUGAAGGAGCAGUGCAAGCUGCUGACAAAGAAGAGUAAUGGCGUGCGGUAUUCUGCAGAGCUUUUAGUUUUUAGCAGUAUAUUGCACACAAUUUCUCCACAUGCUUACAAGUUUUUUCGCCACAGCAACAAGCUUGUCUUGCCGCAUGACACUACCAUCAAGCGAGUUUGUGCUGCACAUGAUGUGAGCCCAUCGAAAGAGCAGUGCGAAGAAGGUUUUCUGAGGUACAUUAAGCGCAGAGCAACCAUUCUGAAGCCUCAUGAAAAAAAUGUGACUGUCAUGCUUGAUGAAAUACACCUGCAACAGUUUUUUGAAUAUAAAGGUGGCUGCCUAACAGGGUUUGCUGCGCAUUGUGCGGAACCAGCAAAGACAGCGCACGUGUUCAUGGUACAGUCUUUGCUUUCAUCUUAUAAAGAUGUUGCUCAUAUCCUUCCGGUAACUCGUAUCACAGCAACGGAGCUGCAUGAUGUUCUAAAGACACUAAUCCUGAGGCGAAAGUGCUGGUCUGCAUGUUGUUGCGGUCGUAACAGACAACAAUGCCAUAAACAGGAAAAUGAUGUCUCUGUUUAGCGAGCAAAAUGAGCCAGGGAUUGUUUUUCCUCAUCCUGCCAACCCGCAGCAGCCAUUGUUUCAUGUUGUGGACACUGUUCACUUGCUCAAGUGUAUACGCAACAAUUGGCUCAAUCAGAAGGAUGAUGACAAGUCGUUUUUGUAUCCUCCUUUUGAAAGCUGUGGAAGUGGUGAGGACCAAAAAGCUUCGUUUACUUUUUUGAGGAAGCUGUACCAGAGUGAACAAAGCAAGCUUGCAAAGGUUGCCUAUGGUCUGAGCUAUAAAGCACUUUAUCCAAGCCA